AUGCUUAAAUAUGUAUCAGGUGUAAACCUCAUCGUCUACCUCAUCGUCUACAUCAUCGUCUACCUCACCGUCUACCACAUCGUCUACCUCAUCGUCUACAUCAUCGUCUAUCUCACCGUCUACCUCAUCGUCUACCUCAUUGCCCACCUCAUCGUCUAUCUCACCGUCUAUCACACAGUCUACCUCAUCGUCUACCUCAUUGCCCACCUCAUCGUCUACCUCAUUGUCUAUGUCAUCGUCUAUCUCAUCGUCUACAUCAUUGUCUACCUCAUCGUCUAUCUCAUUGUCCACCUAAUCAUCUACCUCAUUGACCACCUCAUCGUCUACCUCAUUGUCUAUCUCAUCGUCUACAUCAUUGUCUACCUCAUCGUCUAUCUCAUUGUCCACCUCACCGUCUACCUCAUUGUCCACCUCACCCUCUACCUUAUCUCAUCGUCUACUUCAUUGUCCACCUCACCCUCUACCUCAUCGUCUAUCUCAUUGUCCACCUCACCGUCUACCUCAUUGUCCACCUCACCCUCUACCUCACCGUCUACCUCAUUGUCCACCUCACACUCUACCUCAUCGUCUACUUCAUUGUCCACCUCACCCUCUACCUCAUCGUCUACUUCAUUGUCCACCUCACCCUCUACCUCAUCGUCUAUCUCAUUGUCCACCUCACCGUCUACCUCAUUGUCCACCUCACCCUCUACCUCACCGUCUACCUCAUUGUCCACCUCACCCUCUACCUCACCGUCUACCUCAUUGUCCACCUCACCCUCUACCUCAUCGUCUACUUCAUUGUCCACCUCACCCUCUACCUCAUCGUCCACCUCAUCGUCUACCUCAUUGUCCACCUCAUCGUCUACUUCAUUGUCCACCUCACCCUCUACCUCAUCGUCUAUCUCAUUGUCCAUCCCAUCGUCUACCUGA